UGUAUGUGUGUCUCCUAAUUACGGCCUCUCACCCCUCCCCCAUCUUUUCCCCAGUGCUAGCCCAAAAGCUUAGCCGCGGUUCCGCUUCGGUGAAGGCAGUAGUGGGGAGGCUGGUCUAUGUCUGACCUGUCACCUGCUCUUCCCUCUAGCUCCUCUGUUGCGAGCGGGAACGGUUCCUCCUCCCAGCUUGGGCAAGGAGGCGAUCGCCCACCCCCUGCGUGCGGCUGUUCCCCCGGCCCCAGUGUGGCCCUUGGGGAAGACGUUCGGUGUUUUCUCCCGUUACAAACGGCCCCUUUAAACAAGGUGGAGGCGUGGCUGGGGCAAAGAGAAGACAGGAAGCGGCGGGAGCAGGCAGGGAAGUUGAGAGCCGCGGUGGUGUGUUGCGUUGCGUUGCGUUGCGUUGCGACAGAGCAGGGGUAGCUCGAAGUGAUGCGUUUGCCCGUCCGCAGGUUAUUGAAGUAUGAAGAAGCACUCACUUCAUUGUGAUAUGGACAGCACAAAGAAAAUUGGUAACACUGAUGAUGAUGAUGGAUUUCUCCUUAGAAUGGGCCUCAAUGAUAACAAGGCUGGAAUGCAAGGACUGGAUAAAGAGAAAAUAAAUAAAAUCAUAAUGGAAGCCACAAAGGGUUCUAGGUUUUAUGAAAAUGAACUUAAGAAAGAUCAGCAAGUUAACCAACGAAUUGAAAAAAUGAUGCAGCUAAAAGAUAAAAUUACCAGCCAACAGCUUUUGAAAGCACAACUGCAGGUUGACAAACAUGCGCUGGAUCUAGAGCAGAGCCGUGAUCUCAGCUGUACUAUUGUGCACAUUGACAUGGAUGCCUUUUAUGCAUCAGUAGAAAUGAGAGACAAUCCAGAGCUGAAGGAAAAACCUAUAGCUGUGGGAUCGAUGAGUAUGCUGUCUACUUCAAAUUACCAUGCUAGGAGAUUUGGUGUACGUGCAGCCAUGCCUGGAUUUAUUGCAAAGAAACUAUGCCCACAUCUUACUAUAGUGCCAUUAAACUUCAAAAAGUAUGAAGAAGUAAGUAAACAGGUUAGAGAAAUACUGGCUGAAUAUGAUCCUAGUUUUAUGCCCAUUGGCCUAGAUGAAGCCUACUUGAACAUAACAGAGUACUUAGAGGAAAGACAGAACUGGCCUGAAGAUAAAAGAAGUUACUCCAUCAAAAGAGAAAACAUUGCAAAAAAUGGUAAACAAGAUGUAACUGCAACUGAUGAACUAAAGUCAAAUGAAGCUGCACACUCUGUCUCACCAAUAUUGUUUGAAGAUAACAUUUCCAUAACAGAGGAACAGCUUGUUGCUACUUCCCAGUUGUGCAAUGAAGAACAGAGAGAUAAAGAACUGUUGCUAAAUUCAGUGGUCUUUGGAACUUCAGCUGAAGAAGUUGUGAAGGAAAUUCGCUUUCGGAUUGAGCAAAAAACUGGAUUGACUGCCAGUGCAGGAAUUGCUCCAAAUAUGAUGUUAGCAAAAAUGUGCAGUGAUCAGAAUAAACCUAAUGGACAGUACAGAAUCUCCCCUGAUAGGCAGUCUGUAAUGGACUUCAUUAAAGAUCUGCCCAUUAGAAAGGUGCCUGGUAUAGGAAAAGUAACAGAGAAAAUGCUAAAAGCGCUUGGAAUUCUGACUUGCACAGAACUUUACCAGCAGAGAGCACUACUUUCCCUUCUUUUUUCUGAAACAUCUUGGCAUAAUUUCUUGGAUGUCUCACUUGGUUUGGGUUCAACAGAGUUGGAAAAAUAUGGAGAAAGGAAAAGUAUGAGUAUUGAAAGGACAUUCAGUGAAAUUAACACAGCUGAAGAACAGUACAGCUUAUGUCAAGAACUUUGCAGAGAUCUUGCCCAGGAUCUGCAAAAAGAAGGACUUAAGGGUAAAACUGUUACCCUGAAACUGAAGAAUGUGAGUUUUGAAGUAAAAACAAGAGCUUCCACUGUGCUUGCUGCUGUUUCUACUGAAGAAGAAAUAUUUGUUCUUGCUAAAGAUAUGUUAAGGACAGAAAUUGAUGGUGUUGCCCCUCUCCCUUUGCGGCUAAGACUUAUGGGUGUACGAGUAUCAGGAUUUCUAAACGAAGAAGAAAAGAAAUACCAACAGAGGAGCAUUAUCAAUUUCUUAAAGCCAGGAAAACAAACAGAUACUGCUCUGCUUCAGUCAGGGAAAUCCAGCCAUGAACAUUUUACAAAAGCCUCCGAAACAACUCACAGAGAGAGUUUUUUUGAUAAAAAGCGAGCUGCAAGGCAAGAAAGCAACCAAGAGCUUCUUAUAAACAAACCUGCAAACAAGCAGAACUUGCAUGAUAUAAAGUCAUUGAUAAAUCCUGUGGAAGAAACAAAUGACACCAUAGGCUCAAAGAAUUUGAAUGAGUGUCAGAGCCUCACUUGCCCUGUUUGCUUUGAGGAGCAAAGAAGCAGUAAUUUAGAGGCACUUAACAGACAUAUAGAUAAGUGCCUCAAUGGGAUACUGGAAAAAGAUAAUGCAGAAAUAUCAGCGAGUGAGAAUUCAUGGGAGAAUUCACAUCAUUUUUCUCCUGACAGUAAAAAGAAAAUGUCUGAAAUAUGUCAAAAAAAUAAAAUGAACAAAUCAGUGGAUAUGAUCGAGUCAACAAAAGUAGCUGACAGUUUCACUAGCAUUAGCACAGAAGCAUUCCCUAAAGUAGUAGCUAAUACUGGCAAGGAAAGAGAGCAUAGUCUGCUUAGUGAAACUGCUAGUAACACAUACCUAGAACAGAAUUUUUCUUCCAAAAUUACUUCAUUGGAAAAUACAGAACAGGUUGAAAAGCCUGAAUAUACUCAAGAAACUGAGCCUUCCCACUCCUCUGGAGCCAUCGAAGACAAUGUUCUGGUUUGUCCAGUCUGUAAUACAGAACAAAAAACAACUGACCUUUCAUUGUUCAACAGGCAUGUGGAUAUUUGUUUAAAUAAAGGCAUUAUCCAGGAGUUGACCGAGCAAAUAGUUUGUCCCAUUAAGAGUCAAGUUGGAAGCAUGGGCAGAGGACAUCAGUAUAUGAAUCCUACAACAGGAAUAAAAAGGCCUGGACUAACGACACCACAGUCAACAUCAAAGAAAGCCAAACAAAGCAAUUCCAAACAAACAAUUGAAACAUUUUUAAAAUGAUUGUGUAACACUUUAUCAUAUAUGAAGAAUUUCAUAAUCAGCGUUUUAUUAUUCACAUUCGUUUGGUGUAGAUGAAGGAUUGGACUCUCAUACCUCCCACUUUAGAACCACUGUAAACCUCCAUUAGAGGAAAACUUUUGAGACAAAAGAAUAAGUGAUCUAGCAGAGACCAGAGCUUGAAAUUAAUUUUUCACUCAAAUAAUUUUUUCUCAGUAGUUUUUGUCUAAAUUGUACCUGUGGAAAAAAGAGCAUGCUAAGAAUGGGUUUUAUUCUAUCUUGACAUAAUGAAAACUCAGGAUAUGGAAAUCACUAGCAAUUCAGCUUAUGUUAUUAGUGACUGAUAGUUGGUUAGUGUGAAAUGAGUUUGACUGAAUUUAGUUUGUAGUGGCCAGCUAUUCACAGCACAAAACAAUUAAUUGGUACUCAUCAAUGUCUGUGCUGAUAUUCUCAAGAGGUUUAGGCCCUAAAUCUAACUCUCGUUAAAGUUAGUGAAAAGUGCCACUGACUUCUAUGGGAACUGGUGGGUCAGGCUUAUAGGACUCAGGUCUAAACAGUGCAUGGGCACUCUUGUGGUACGCUGAGUGACCUCAACACCCACUGACUACAAAAACUUUGCAGAAUCAAUCCCUUAAACAAGCCUAGAGUGUGAGAGAGCCCCAGAAUAGUUCUGGGAUAUACUGACUCUGCCUCACUGGUUUUGUGGAGAUAUAGAGAGCUUCAGAUGGCUAUGCAGUUGUCAACCCAGCACUUUUCAAAAGCACUAAAUUCACUUUAAGAAAAGUUAAGGAUAAACUAAUGCAGUGUAGUGUGACUGAUGAGCAAAUAUGUAUGACAUUGAAAUAAUAAUCCUGAAUAUAUAAGAAAGGAAAUAGCUCUCCUAUUGUUCACACCUAUAUUCUCUUUGGAGACACACAGAUGAUGAAAAUACUUCUUGUAGUUUGUUAUAUACCAGGUUUUUAUGAAUACAUGUAAGUUUUUAAUCAUUAAAAUAUGAAGUAAAAUGGCAUCUCAAAAGAAAAUAUUUACCACAAAUAAUGCAUGUGUGUGUUAGCUAUGUGAAGACUUUUUCCUUUAAAAAAAUACAUCUACUCCUAUUUUAUGAAUUUGGCAGUGUCAAUUUAUAUUUCUCUAAAAACAGUAUAAUAAACUUUUAUCUAGA